UCUUCUUUCUCUCUUCCUUUCCCCGCGGACUAUCUCUUCCACCGUCUUUUUUCCCUCUGUCCAUCCCCCUACCUGUUUCCGUCUCUCUUUUUCUCUCUCUCCCUCUACUGUUUCUCUUUUUCUCUCUCUUUCUGUCUUUCUAUCCGUCUAUCCUCUUCGACAUCACCUCACGCAGCAGUGCUGUGUAGUGUCGUGUCAUCCCGCGGUACGUCAACGAUCCUCUCGGACUGAAGGCAAGGAUCGACCGGGUCGGAGGUACACUCUGCGAUUACCGGAGCCGGUCGAUCGCCGGUAUACUGUAGAAUGAAGAAAGUGAUCCCGCGGUGACCGCAGAGGUGAAGGAAGUGAUAGCUCGAUGGAACGCGCGAUCUCUUGACACGGGUAGAUGAAAGUGAUUCAUUGAGAUAUUUGGAUUCGAGAGAAUUUCUAAAAUCUGAUUUUAGAGAAGUGAAUCUAUUUUACAUGUGCAAACAAGAUCUUACAUUGGUAAAACUUAUCGUGAUGAUAAAAGACCAACGCAGUUGGUGAUUAUAACUGUUUAUUUUAAGAAUGAAUUAUUAGAUUGAAAAUCUAAGUGUGAUCGUAUCAACAGAAUUUUUAGCAUCUGCUAAAUGAAUAGCCUGAUAACCGUGUUCUGAGUGAAAAGAGAGUGAUACAAUUCGAAAUUCGAUUGCGAUCCGCAGAAUCCUGAAGACAGCUAUUCUUCGACGAGCAGCAAAGUGGAAGGUACUGAGGAAGGGAACAUUCAGUGAAGGUGUCAAACGUCGACGGCACCUCAUUGACAUUUCCGUGACAUUUAAUACGCGAUUCGAGUCAAGUGCCAGACGCCUUUUCGUGUAACACGCGUGUCCCUCUGCUGUUACGGCGAAAUAGUUCGCGAGAAGUGUGUUAUCGUCGUGCAACGACGUGACGAGCAAAGAGGCGACAGAGAGGAAGUGAGACGAGGGCGAAACGAGUCGAUGACGCGUCCUCCGUGCCUUAUCAGCGACACAACUAGAGCGUGGUGACGGCGAAAAGUCAUCUAAAAACUUAUCUGUCUCUUGGAAUCCUUUACUUGCACGUGCACGGUCUCGAUAAUAGGAAUCGGACGACCUGCGUUUUCGAAUAAGCCUGCUUCGAGUGAUAUCAAAACAAGAUCCACGACAAACUCUGAAAUAGAGAAAGAGAAAGAGAGAACUCUUUGCAACAGGUGAUUUCAACAGAUCGCCAAACGCGGUUCUCUUGCGAUUUACGACAGGCAGAACCGAAGAUUCUUCGCUCGGUUGGAGGUUGACACUGAUAGCCAAACUGGACAUUCUUACCGCCACGUCGGGAAGAACGGAGUGGAGAUGUCCGCGGGUCGCUGAGAGAAUGAGGGAGCUGGACACCGAGAGCCCUGUCGUCUGGCCGGCCUGGUGUUACACUGGUGAGGUGUCGGGCGAAAACGUGUCCGCGGGCACGGGACCAACACGUGGCGGCGACCGAGGAGAGGCGGCGGAUUUAGGUACGCACACGGAAAACAACGACGGGGCCACCCUGGCAGCGAACACAGCGGUCGACGCCAGGGGCGGAAGCCCUCAGGGUGCCCACCUGUCUGGUGCGGCGACCCCCAGACCGCCAAGGAGUAGAAGGCGGCAGAAUCAGAAUGGUCUCGACACUACCCAAGUUAAAACGGAACGACUCACGCCUGACAAUAACUCGACAUCGUCGAGGAGCGUGACGCCUUCUUCGUCGAGUCACCCGGGGACGCCGCCAAAUGCUACGCCGUUGGGAGGACCCGAGGGUCCACCGCCACCCCAUCAUCUCAAGCACAUGGAACAGAUGAUGGGGCGAAAUUAUAGCGAUUUCAUGAGAAGUCUCGCCGCCAAAUACAACAAUGCCAACCCCAACGAUUACUUCAGCACGUCGAGGAACGGAUAUCCUCCGGGUUUAGAUCCGAGGUUUCCGGCCUUCAAGACCGCGGCGACGCCAUUUGUUGGUCUGAUGGCGCCUUUAGGGGCACCACAACCACCGACUGUCCCGACGACCUCCCCUCUUUCCAACAAAGAUCCGAAAGAACAGAAACAGGAUAGUCUCUUCGGCAAUCCCGUGUUUCCGCCUAUGAUCGAUAUGUCUUCUACUCAAGCUCUUCUUCACAUGGUACGCACUGCCAAUGCGGCUCAAAACGCUGCUGAAUUGGAAACAUAUCUCAAAGGUGCGAACAAAAGAGACGCGGGAGUGACGAGUCCUUUGGACCUUUCGAGUCCCGGUGGUUUCGCACCUCGCAAGCGGCAAAGACCGGAAACAAGAAGAUCCGAAAGCGUAUCUCCCAAGCCGAAACCUACCGCGAGACCAAUCACACCUCCGCCAGUCAGGUGUCCGACGCUCUAUGCUCACAUGCCCUGCGGCGACGGACAAGCCGUGAAUCGCUGGACCAUCGAGGACGUCGUCAAUUACGUCUCGUCGAUCGACAUCUGCGCCGAGUACGCACAGAAUUUCCGGGAGCAUCGUAUAGACGGUGCCGCGCUGCCGUUACUCUCGGAGAACCACCUGACGGGCACGAUGGGCAUGAAGCUCGGUCCAGCCUUGAAGCUGCGCAUAAUGCUGGCCCGGAAGAUUGGCGCCUGCACGGUUUGUUUGCACUGUGCCCACUGCCAUCAAACACCGCUACCGACGCUCAGCGCGGCGGGCGCGGCCGCGGCGGUGACGCAACAGCAACAGCAACCGCAGCAACAGCAGCAACAGACGCCGGGCCGGCGACCUAGCAGCACCGGAAACUGACAAACAAUGGCGGAGACUCCCCCACUGGGGUCCGAGACAGUGGCGGUCGUCGCGACACCAUCGUCACCGUCUCCGGAUCUUAAUCGCGCCCUCAGGAUAGAACGGCGCGUACCCCGUCCGGUACGCAAGCCGGAAGUCGUCUUCAAGAAGCCUAUCAAACAGUGACAUUAAGGGAGACGAUUUCAUAUAUUAGGGAGAGUGGAGACUCCGCCUGUUGUCAGUAAUCAAGAACUCGGAAGGACUUUUAGGUAGGAGAAUUCAGACUGUGAAGUUCAGCCGAGACUAGACGUAGGAAAAAGAGAAGAAGAGAGAGAGAGAGGGGGGAGGAGAGAGACUUUGAUUGACAUUAACGCAUAAAGCGUAUGGAGCUCAAGAAUAGAGAUUUUUGAGCGUUUUGUCGAGAGAGAG